AUGGGAGAGCCAAAAGUGUUUGUAGGCAAUUUGCCUCGCGACGUGACGGAGAACGAGUUGAAGACAUAUUUCACGAAGUUUGGGGAAGUUGCGUAUAUCAAGCUGAAGGUCGGAUACUGCUUUGUCACUUUUAAGAACGAAGAAGACACAAAGAAGGUGUUUGAAUCGAAGGAACCCUUGAUAUUGAAGGACUCAACUUUAAGAGUCGAGCAACCGAACAGCGGAAGAACACGAGACGAAGAUGUCUGCUUCUACUGCCACAAAAAGGGGCAUUGGACAAGAGACUGCCCCGAGAAACGAGGGCGGUAUAGAAGUCGAAGUCGGUCGAGAAGCCGAAGCCGAUCCAGGAGAUCACAUCGGGAUCGACGAGGUCGAUCAUCUUCAUCGAGAAGAGAUCGUUCACGAAGUAGGUCGAGGAGUGAUUCAAGACGAAGGGGACGAAGUGAUCGAUAUAGAGAUCGAAAAGAUUCUCGGAGCAGAUCGAGAAGUAGUUCGAGGGGUAGAGGAAGAGAUUCUACCAAGAGGGACACUGAAACAAAGAAAGUGGAUACCAAGGAGACUGCAUUUACGUGUGAUAUAAACGCACAAGAGAGUACUGGUGAGAAAACGCAAGAAGUUGUGUUUUGCUCAAACUGUCAUAAGAGAGGACAUUCGUCAAGGCAUUGCCCAGACCAUGGACGCGACUCGCGAAGUCAUUCGAGAAGUCGAAGUCGCUCGCGGUCAAGUAGAAGGUCACACCGAGACAGAAGAAGUCGAUCACGUUCACCAAGGAAUCACUCAAGAUCGUACCGCAAAAGAUCACAUAGUAGAGACUCGAGGAAUUAA